ACAAAACUCUAAAACCUCUCUCAACACAAUACUUUCUCACUUCUUCUUCACUCUGAUUCCCAAUUCUUGCGGUUAGAUAACUUUUCCUCUCUUUGUUGCGGGAGGAGAAAAUGGCCGAGGCAGUCAGCGAAGCAGGCGAUUCGUGUUCACUGGCGGCGGCGACAGCUCCUCCGCCGCCGAUUCCUCAGAACCGACGGCCGAGGGUUAGAGAGGUCAGUUCGAGGUUUAUGUCUCCUCUAAUCUCGUCCUCCUCAUCAGCAUCUUCGAAUUCCUCCGCCGCAACUCCUACUCACGCCGAUCAUCAACGACCGAAGUCUGCGUACAGGCGACACCCUCAUCAGCAGUCCCUUCACGAACCAUUGUCCUCCCGUCCCGCGGAGGAUGAGAACAUUCCGGAUAUUAUGCGCAACUCUACUGGAUCGCAAAUCCUUAGUAAGGCAGCCUUACUGUCAACUGUUCAGAGGAAGCAGCAGAAAGCAAAGGUUUUGAAGGAAAAUGGUGGUGCUAGAUUGGAGCAACAACAGGUUGUUGAUGUCCCCCAAUCCAAAAGGGUGUCUUCAAGGCCUGAUACACCAAAUGUGACCGGUGCUGAUAGGAUUGUUCCAUCUAGAUAUCGACAAACUCCCCAGACUCUUCAUCGUCCGAGUCCAAACCAUGGUGCUGGAGGUGGUGGUGCACUUGUCAGUGCUGCUGCUAAACUGUUGCAGGAGGCCACUUCAGCUCCUGGAAGUCCUCGUUCAGUGAGUAAUGAUUCUGAUACAGAUGACAAAGUAAUUGGCCCUAGAAAGCUUUCGAAAGUGUCAACAGCAAAAGAUGAUGCAGAUUCUUCUGACAAUGAGUCUAUACACGGAAAAUCGUACCCAAAUUCUCCUGUUUGUGUCAGUAGUAAGAUGCGGACUCAGUCAGGUAUGAGGUCUUCCCUGCCUGAGGUUGAUAGAUGGCUUUUGGAGAGAAACUGCAACAGUGUGGCUAAAAGCAGUGGUGAUUGUGAUUCUCAUAAGUUAACAAUUCCCACAUGUGCUCGUUCACUGAACUUGACGAGAUCAAGCAGUGACCUUCCCUAUACUUCAUCCCCCUGGAUUUCUCUGAAAGCCAGUGACAUGCCUGGAACUGCUCCCUGUAGAUCAUCUGUAAAGAACCUUUGUCUUCCUCCACAACCAACAUCCACAAAGUUGGGAUUGGAUGCUAAGAAAGGAAGAAAGGUUCCUAAUCAACAAGAAGAUGUGCAUUCCCUAAAGUUGCUCCAUAACCAUUACCUGCAGUGGCGGUAUGCAAAUGCCAAGGCGGAGGUGUCUAUGCAGUCUCAAACUCUGGAAUCUGAGAGAAAACUCUAUUCCCUUGGAUGCAAGAUAAAAGAUUUGCGUGAUACUGUAAGCAGAAAACGCAAUGAGCUUGAGAUAUUGCAAAGAAUAAAAACUAUAUCCACCAUUCUUGAAACUCAAUUGCCAUAUCUUGAGGAAUGGUCCUCCAUAGAAAACGAGUAUUCAACUUCUUUAUCUGAAGCAGCAAGUGCAUUGCAGAAUUCCUCUCUCCGGUUACCAGUCAGUGGAGUUCGGGUUGACGUAAAAGAACUAGCUGAGUCCUUUAAUUCAGCUACUAAAGUGAUGGAAACAGUAGCAUUCCAUAUACAGAGUUUUGUACCAAAGGCAGAAGAAAUAGAUUCUUUAAUCUCUGGAUUGGCUAGGGUGAGUGGUGGUGAGAGAUCUCUCAUUGAGGAGUGUGGAGAUUUACUACUUAAAGUACACGCUUCACAGAUCAUAGAGUGCAGCUUGAAGGGGCAUAUGGUUCAGCUCCAUCGAACCAACUAUAAACCCCUGGGAAUGAUGUAAAUGUUUUGUCAAGUUCUGCAUUCUCUAUUGAAGUAAGACUUUUUGUCUCCUUUUAAAGCUUGAGUUCUCAAAAUCCCCUGCAGCCAGAAAUAAUAAGUGAUUCUGUUUGUCUUACAAUGAUGUAAAUUUCCUGUAAAAUACAUAGUACUUUGAUAAAAUUCCAUCACUGAUUACUGAUGGUUUUUGCCUUUUUUUUUUUGUUUUCAAUUUAACAAUGCAUGAUUCUUUGGGGACA